AUGGUGGUUGCGGAGAAGCCCGAGUCGCUACCGGCCCUGACCUUAUGUCCGAACGGUCCGACGUCGGAUAGUGCCGAGGAGACUCUGUGGCGGGCGCAGGGCGUCGACUGGCUUCGACCAAAACCACCACGACGGCCGACAUCGGAGGUGGCCUACCGCAGCCGCAGGAAGCUACUGGCUAUCCAGCCCAUAGCGACGCUUCACUUCGUUCUGGCCGUGAGGACCGCGAAAGCCGUCUGGUCUGGUCGCGACGGUUGGAGUGCAGUUCCGCCCGGAUUUGGCGCAGGCGCACCGCUCAUGUCCUUUGAGCAGACCUGCACGACCGUCUUCUUGAGCUGCGCAUCGACAUCGCGUCGGCUGGCUUCAUCGGCGAGCACCGGCUUCGUCGGCUCUCCCUUUCGUGCGGCACAUUCCAAGUAUCGCUGCGAGAUCAUCGCCGCUCUUCUUUCAAGUGUUGUCAGCGUCCCCGUGGAUAGGAGCUUGGGUCGGCUCUCACAUCUCACCUUCACGACGUCGCGCUCGACAUUAGAGAACCCGUCAACGAGGACCUCGCUGUUGAAUACGAGGAGCGACGCGGAUCGGCAGAGGUUGUGGGCCGAGAUCGGGCACGCGUAUGCGCUGGCGUAUGUGGAUCGGUCGAGGCCGCACGAUGUGAUUCUUGCGGAGAUGCAGGCGAGCCCGGAGAGGGUGCCGGCGUUGGCGCUGUUGGAGAUCGCUGCGGCUGUUAGUCUGACGAGCGCGGACGCGCAUGUGAGCAGGCUGGCGCCGCAUACGUUAAGGUUGAUCGCGAUUGCGGAGAGGCAGCCCGGUGCGCCGGUUAAUACGAGUGUGGGGGAGGUGGAUAGGGGGAGGAGGUAUCCUGUUCAUGAGCAGAUCGGCGAUCCGAGGCAUCUGUGGACAGGAAGGCUGCCGUGGCAAAAGCAUAUCCGCAAGCAUUUUGCGACGCUUUUGUUGUCGCAGCCAUACUGCAUUGCAGGGUGGAACGAAUGCUACUUCCGAUGGUGUGCUCUCACCGAACCCGUCAUCCGCCCGCCCGCCGAAGGACUCGAACCAGGCGACGCCCUCGCAGGCGAACUCCCAGGCAUGAACGGCUACACCUCCGGCCUUCCCCCACCCACGCCCUCCUCAUCCACCCUCGCCACCACCAACGGCUCAUCUUCCAACACACCCACAAAGUCCAAACCCGAUCUACACGCCGAAGAGCAACGGCAGAACUGGCAGCACUUGAUACUGUUCCUUGCUGCAACGGGCGGCGCGUGUAUCGAUACGGACGGCGGACACGAUCCAGGCGCGCUUACGAGUCUCGUGCCGACUGAGCUGUUCCCGGAUAUGAUGAGGGUUUUAAGAGAUCCCCGAGAGCUCGUGGGCGCGUUCAUCCGGUACCUCAUCGACUUGCUGCUCGUCGAGAGCGAGAUCGCGCGCACGACGGCGCUCUUGGCCUUAGGCUCGGAGUUGCAUUUCAGGCUACACCCCAAACUUCUACGCGUGCUGGACGAUGUCGUGCACAGCGUCGUCAAUGUCGCUUCCUCGUCCGGAUCGACCAGCACAGGACGGUUGGAGUGGACGGACCAGCACGCGCCGUUCUUGAAUCAGGUCCUCGGCGUGCUGCAUCUGUUCAGUAAACGGUUGGAGUUUAUUCCGGCGCCUGGGUCGACGUCUGGCGAGCUGUUGAGCGUGGAUCUCACGCCGACGUUGUACGCUCUGGCCGGGUUCAUCAAUCGGUUCCCGCUCUCGGGCGAUGUGCCCCGUAUGCGCACACGACUGUGUUUCUUGGCGGAUGGUCUGUGCACUCUACCGGGCCCGAUGAGAGGUGCAGGCGGAGAGGGCGCACUACGACAGCGGAUGUUGGACGUCUUGCUCGAGUGGAUCCGCGCACCCGAGGGUGAGAGACGGUGGGAAGGAGAGCAGCGGGCAUUGAAGCUCGCCGCACUCAGAGCUAGCGUGCACUUCCUGGAUCGCUUGACGUUGAGGGGCGGAGUUGAUGGCGGACUGGUGCAUGGGAAUCAGAGUGGUGGUGCGGGGAUUGGAGGCGGGAUUGGCGGGGGUGAGGGGAGGGGCGCGGAAGAGGCUGGGCAUGUUGCGGGGAGGCCGUUUUUGAGGUACAGUAGUGUGAUUUUGAGGAGUUUGGAUUUUGUCAAGCAGCCUGUGGACGACGGCGCGUCCGAAUCCUCCGUAUUCUCCAACACCAAACGCACGAACGGCUACCACCACGGCCUCUCGGGCCCGGGCCCCUCCAACAACUUUCUCCGCGACAACAAUAACCGCGACCGCCUCCAAGAACGCGACAAAGACGCCGACGCGCUUGAAGCGCGCAAGCAGGUCGUACGCGCGCUCGCGAGGCUCGUGGGCGCCAACCCCGAGGCGGGCGUCAAGCAUGCGCUUUCGCACGCGUAUGAUACCGAUCCUGGGCGGAGGUUAAUCUUCACGAAGGUGUUUUCGAGGGUUAUGGGGCAGGGAGCCAAGCUGGAUGCGCCAGAGCCGGUUAGGGCUGUUGAGAGGAAGGGUGGGCUGGCCGAGAUGAUCAAGGGCCCGGAUAUCACGAUGGCGCUGGCGAUCUGCGAGACGUGCCCGAGCAGCGAGGUGGACAUCAUUAUCCCCGUCCUCCUCAACAUCUUCGACACUCGCCAGGCCUCAUGA